CCGGUUCUUACCUCCUUCCCAGCCUGUGCACCGCCGCAAUCCUCCUCAAUAUGCCGCCGCACGGGACGUCUUUCUCUCCCAUCCUCCCCCAUGCCACUGCCGUGAUCACCGGCUCUUUCCUCUCCGGAACCAUGAUGGGGCUGUCCCUCAUCACCGUCCCGGUCUUGCUGGAGACGGCGACACAGCCCGCCUACUUGUUGCAACACUUCGUGCGUCUCUACGACGUGGGGCAUAAGAUGAUGCCCGGGCUGGCGGUCACGACCUGCUUCUUCUACGGGAUUGCAGGCGUCGGCCAGCGGGCGGGGGCCCGGUCGGCGCUGCCGCAGCUCGUGGCGGGGCUCACCACCAUCGCCAUCGUGCCUUUUACGUGGUUGGUCAUGACCCCAACCAACGACGCCCUGUUUCAGCUGCAGGCGGACGCGGGGGCAGCCCGACUGGGGGAGGUGCGACAACUGCUCGUCCGCUGGGGGUGGUUGCACGCGGUGCGCUCCUGCUUUCCCUUGAUGGGGGCGGUUCUGGGACUGCGAUAUUUGCUUCGAGCAACCUUCGGCUGGUGAUCGGAGCCGUUGCGUUGUGUAAGUUAAGUUGUUCAGGUUAGGUUACCGGACUAGUUGGGAUCAAUGGAACCGCUUGAUU